UCAUAAAAACAAGAGAGUAAAAAAAAAAUUAUUAUCUUUUAAAAAUCAAUCUAGCGAGACUACAAGAAACCAGAGUUUUACAAUCUACCUUCUCCUCAACGGCUUACAACUUUCUUUGGAAUCUCCACCUCUUCCUCUUCUUCUUGCUUGCUAAUUGUAUUGUUGUUUCAGAAGGCUAACAAAGCGAUCUUUGGGAAGUUUAGCAUACAGCAGAUCUUUUUAUACUGAGCUUAGUGAAUUGAGAAUGGCUGAGGAGCUGUAAACAAAAUUUUGCUAAAUAAAUAGGUUAAAGGCUUGUUUGUUCAUGGCCACUGCUGCAGUUAUUGGACUUAGUUCAGGAAAGAGGCUCUUGAGUUCCACCUUUUAUUAUUCUGACCUUACAGAAAAACCUUUUAAUGUAUAUGAUCAUGGAUUAACCUACUACCAAAUUGCUUCAACAAAGAAUGGGAUUGCUGCAAAAAAGUCAUCAAAUUAUGGCCCCAGGUUCCCAUCCUCCAAUAGAAAUACACGGUCUAUUAAGGCUCUCAAAGAACAUGUGGAUGCUGCCUCUGCUUCCUCAACUGCGGUGACAUGGUCCAAGACAUUCAAUGACAUAGAAGAGGAUAGUUCUGAUCUCGACUACUCGGUAGAGGCACUUCUCUUGCUGCAGAAGUCUUUGCUUGAGAAACAAUGGAAUCUUUCAUUUGAGAGGACAAUCUCAAGUGAUUCAUCCAGUAUAAAUAGUCAAAAGAAGAUACCUGUCACUUGCUCUGGGUUGUCUGCUCGGAAAAGGAGAGUAAAUACUAGGAGGAAGACUCUGAGCCAAAGUAAAUCCAUAGUGCAAGCUAGUACAUUUAAGCAUCUAAAAUCAGCUGUCAGUCCUGAGCUGCUGCAGAAUCGUUUGAAGGGUUAUGUUAAGGGUGUGGUAAGUGAAGAGCUGCUCACCCACAAGGAAGUUGUGCACCUGUCAAAGAUAAUAAAAGCCGGCCUUUCCAUGGAGGAACAUAAAUCCAGGCUGAAAGAGAGAUUAGGCUGUGAGCCCUCUGACAAGCAACUUGCUACUUCCUUGAGGAUUUCUCGUACAGAGUUACAGUCCAAAUUGAUUGCAUGUUCUUUGGCAAGAGAGAAAUUAGCAAUGAGCAAUGUUCGUCUAGUUAUGUCCAUUGCUCAAAGAUAUGAUAACAUGGGUGCUGAAAUGGCUGACCUUGUCCAGGGAGGUUUGAUUGGAUUGUUGCGUGGUAUUGAGAAAUUUGAUUCUUCAAAAGGGUUCAAAAUUUCAACUUAUGUUUAUUGGUGGAUACGUCAGGGUGUAUCAAAAGCAUUAGUUGAGAACUCGAGAACCUUAAGACUACCUAAUCAUUUACAUGAAAGGUUAGGCUUAAUACGAAUUGCAAAAAUUAGACUAGAAGAUAAAGGAGUAACUCCUUCAAUUGACAGGAUUGCAGAGUCCCUGAAUAUAUCCCAGAAAAAAGUUAGGAAUGCAACAGAGGCAAUUAGCAAGGUCUUUUCACUCGAUAGGGAAGCAUUCCCCUCUUUGAAUGGUUUCCCAGGAGAGACUCACCAUAGUUACAUUGCUGAUAAUUGCAUCGAGAACAACCCCUGGCAUGGAGUAGAUGAAUGGGCACUCAAGGAUGAAGUAAACAAGCUUAUCGAUUCGACUCUUCGAGAACGAGAGAGGGAGAUUAUAAGACUUUACCAUGGUUUGGGUAAUGAAUGCCUUACAUGGGAGGACAUAAGCAAGCGGAUAGGUUUGUCCAGAGAAAGAGUCCGGCAAGUUGGGCUUGUUGCACUAGAAAAAUUAAAACAUGCUGCUAGGAAGAAGAAGCUGGAGGCCAUGCUUGUGAAACAGUGAUUUGGUCUGGUGCAUGUUUCAUUGGAACUCCUGAAUACGACUGUAUAUAUACAGAAAGAAAGCUGUACCUUCAAUUUCCUUCUUUAGAACAGAAACAACUAUAGGAGAUUAUAUGUUUGUAAGGGUCUAUGACCCCAAAACUUACUGCAGAGUUGAGCAUGCUGAUUUUUAAGAGCUAGCUGGAGCUAAAAUUUUUCUUGUAUUUGAGGAAAAAAAAUCUGUGGAUCAGAAAUCAAAAUCAUUCAGUUCUA